GUCAAACUUUGUCGAACCUUGUCUAUGUGACAAACACUGUCAAACAUAGGGAAGGUAAAUGUCAAAGUCAAAGAGGCAUCAAAUGAAUUAUAACAAUCAAAAAUUUUGCAAAUAGUAGUUAUUUAUGUAGACUUUUUUUUGAAAAUGGGUAGUUAUGCUAGAGCAGUUAUGACUGGAUUUAUUUGCAGGCUGUGUUCAGAACAAAAACGAUACGUAAUACAUUUUUAUGGGGUUAAAGCGAAGGAAUUGCAGCUGCUUGAGAAGCUGACUUUACUUCCAAUUACAGUAGAGAAGUAUGAUAAUCUUCCUAAAACAAUAUGUGAAGAAUGCAUAGAGAAGUUAAAUCUACAAUACAAUUUAGUGCAAAAAAUUAGAAGAAGUAUGUCCAUUCAAAGAAGGCAUAGACUUUACCAUAGUAAUGGUCGCUGUCCUGUCGAAUGUCCUCUUCAUGGGGUAGAAAAUGCUCUUGAAGGUGGUUCUAAUGGAGGAAUAUUUAUUUCUGUUGAAGACUUUGAUGAAACUAAUAAUGAUAAUGAAACAUAACCUUUGUAUAUCAAUACUACAUUUUCAGUUUCGAAAUUGGUUAUUAAAAAGUGUGAUAAGGAAUUUUUAAUCAUAAUUAGAAUUCUAUUUAUUUUGUGAUAUGUUGUAUGAAAAACUGAGUUUGUUACUUUUUGUCUUACAAGCAUUCAAUUUAGAUUAAGUAUUUGUAUGAAUUGGCUAGGUAACAUAUACAUGUAUAUUAUAUUAAUUACUUAUUAAAUUAAAUUUAUCUUAUAUAUCCUUUAUACAUAGCUCUAUGUGUUUAUUCACUGAGUAUUACCUUUCCAAAUCAACUACUGUAAUAAAACUUUUUGGGCCCAUAUUAAUGAAAAAGUAAAAGUGAUUCUACGAAUUUUUACUGAAAGUACAAGCUGUACAAAAUUAUAACUUAACCCUUUAGUAUCACAAAUUGUUUUAAAGUAAUAAUUGCAUCUACAUGCUUAUAACAUUAAAUUCUUAUAUAUUCAAUGUUGAAAUACGCUUAAUAUCUAUGUUACAAAAUUUGUAGAAAUAUAAUCUUGAUAAUAUUUAUUGUUAUGUAAUUUGUAUGUAAUGUGGCUAUAAAUACUAUUCUUAACUAAAUUUUAGAUUUUUGAGCAGAUUUUGUUUGUUAUUAAGGGGCUCAGAUAUAAAUAAAAGAAAGUUUUUGUACAAAAUUUAAAUAACUAGAAAAAUCAAAUUAAAUUGAUAUUAUAAAGGCAAACUGUUUUUGAGUUUAAAAGAACGUUUUUUUCAUGUGGUUGUAAAUUAUAAAAAUGUUCACCUAUGUAAUUACACAUAUUCUGCUAAGUAAACGUAUUCUUUAUGUGUCUUAUCUGUUAUUUACAGAUACGUUCAAUUCAAAACAAAUCCUACCACUAUUUUGUAUAAAAUUGUUUCCCUUAUAUUUACUUAUUUAGUUUUGAAAACGUGUAAUACUUUAAUAUUUUUAAAAAGAUUAAAUUUAGCAUUAAAGUUCAACAUAAUCUUGGUACACUGUACUAUUUUUUACACGCUCGCUUCAGACUUAAAUUGAAAAACCGUUUACCAAUUUAGAAGGCAGUGGCAGUUGCUAUCAAAAUAGUUUUAAGAAUGUUUUUUUUUUAAUUCUAAUUAGAUUUAAUAAUAGACGAAAUGGCCACCGAUGAGAUUAACUAUUUAAACGAAAUAUAAUAUGAACAAACA